AUGAUCUAUGGACGCAGUGUGCUUCACAUUGUAGCAAGUUUAAUCAUCCUCCAUUUGUCUGGGGCAACCAAAAAAGGAACAGAGAAGCAAACCACUUCAGAAACACAGAAGUCAGUGCAGUGUGGAACUUGGACAAAACAUGCGGAGGGAGGUGUCUUUACCUCUCCCAACUACCCCAGCAAGUACCCCCCUGACCGAGAAUGCAUCUACAUCAUAGAAGCGGCCCCAAGACAGUGCAUUGAACUUCAUUUCGAUGAAAAGUACUCUAUUGAACCAUCUUGGGAGUGCAAAUUUGAUCAUAUUGAAGUUCGAGAUGGACCUUUUGGGUUUUCUCCAAUAAUUGGACGUUUUUGUGGAAAACAAAGUCCACCUACAAUAAAAUCCAGUGGAAGAUUUCUAUGGAUUAAAUUUUUUGCUGAUGGUGAGCUGGAAUCUAUGGGAUUUUCAGCUCGAUACAAUUUCACACCUGAUCCUGAAUUUAAGGACCUUGGAGUUUUGAAACCAUUACCAGUGUGUGAGUUUGAAGUGGGCGGUCCUGAAGGAAUUGUGGAAUCUAUACAAAUUAUGAAGGAAGGCAAAGCUUCUGCUAGCGAGGCCGUUGAUUGCAAGUGGUACAUCCGAGCACCUCCACGAUCCAAGAUCUACUUGCGAUUCUUGGACUAUGAGAUGCAAAACUCAAAUGAAUGCAAGAGGAACUUCGUGGCCGUGUACGACGGCAGCAGUUCAGUGGAGGACCUGAAAGCCAAGUUCUGUAGCACAGUGGCCAAUGACGUCAUGCUGCGCACAGGCCUGGGGGUGAUCCGCAUGUGGGCAGAUGAGGGCAGUCGGAACAGCCGAUUUCAGAUGCUCUUCACAUCCUUUCAAGAACCUCCCUGUGAAGGCAACAUGUUCUUCUGCCACAGUAACAUGUGUAUCAACAACACCCUGGUGUGCAACGGGCUCCAGAACUGUGUGUAUCCGUGGGAUGAAAACCACUGCAAAGAAAAGAGGAAAGCCGGCCUACUGGACCAGCUGACCAACACCAGUGGGACCGUCAUCGGGGUGACGUCCUGCAUUGUCAUCAUCCUCAUUAUCAUUUCCGUCAUCGUGCAGAUCAAACAGCCUCGUAAAAAAUAUGUCCAGAGGAAGUCGGACUUUGACCAGACAGUCUUCCAGGAGGUGUUUGAGCCCCCUCACUACGAGUUAUGCACUCUCCGAGGGACGGGGGCCACGGCCGACUUUGUCGACUUGGGCGAUGACUUUGACACCUACCAUAAACUGCGGAGGUCCUCUUCCAAGUGCAUCCAUGACCAUCACUGUGGAUCCCAGCUGUCCAGCGCGAAAGGCAGCCGCACCAACCUCAGCACAAGAGACGCGUCCGUGUUGACGGAGAUGCCGCCCCAGCCCGUCAAACCCCUCGUCCCGCCCACGAACAGGAGGAACAUCCUGGUCAUGAAACACAACUACUCACAGGAUGCUGCGGACGCCUGCGACAUUGACGAGAUCGAGGAGGUGCCCACCACGAGCCACAGGCUGUCCCGCCACGAGAAAGCCGUCCAGCGGUUCUGCCUCAUUGGGUCUCUAAGCAAACAUGAAUCUGAAUACAACACCACUAGGGUCUAA